AUGUCCGUGAACGAUUUUAGAAAUCAAAUUUUAUCGAGUUCUGAAGAGAAAAUAGUCGGAGUCAAUAAAAGAGACUUAAUUGAUAAGAUUUUGGCUCGAUAUUCCUCCAAGUUUGUAAUAUACCGAGAGUUAUUGCAAAAUUCAGAUGAUGCGGAAUCAAAAAGUGUCCAAAUUAAGUUUGAAACUGAAAUGAAUACGGAUAAAGUUAUACGAAUUCUUUUCAAAAAUAAUGGUUUCCCUUUCAGAUCCGAAGAUUGGGAACGGUUAAUAAAAAUUGCAGAAGGAAAUCCAGAUAAGAAAAAAAUAGGGGUUUUUGGCGUAGGCUUCUAUUCAUUGUUUACAGUUUGUGAAGACCCAUUUGUUUCUUCCGGUGGACAAGGAAUGACUCUCUAUUGGCGUGAAAAUAAUUUAUAUACAAAGCAGGGAGAACGGGAAUCUGACGAUGAUUGGACAACGUUUUUAUUUGAUAUGAGAGAACCUAUAGAGUUGCCGGACGUUCAAGAAUUCGCACGGUUCUUGGUCAAUUCACUGGGAUUUACGGAAUAUCUUCAAGAAAUAACUGUUCAUUUUAAUGACAAAUUAGUAAUACAACUAUCAAAAAAAAUACAAGGGCCGAAAUUUACAAUGGAGAUCGCACCCGAGUUCAAUAGGCUUUCUUCACAUGAGUUGUUCUAUCUUGCUUCGGUAGAUUUUAGAGACGUUCAACUAAACAUUGAGAGAUUACUUGUUCCAGAUAUUUGUACGGGAAAAUUUAAUCAAAUAAGUCCAUCAACUAUAUUUCUUAAUAUUGUAAGUGGAAAUUUGGACGUUAGAGCAGAUUAUGAGUUUUCUGCGGAGAUGAAACGUAUUACAAAAAAAGAACUACCACGUGAAACAACAAUUCAAAUGAUUUAUACUAAAUUUGAUGAACAAAACUCGUUCGGAGAUUGUGUUUCUCCGGUAUUCAAAGACUUGUUUCCAUAUCCGGAGCAAGGACGGGUACAUAUCGGUUUCUCUACUCAUCAAACUACAGGAUAUUGUUUUCACUUAUCAGCUCGUGUAAUUCCUACUGUACAACGAGAAUCGAUAGAUUUAUUGGAUAUGACUUUGGCUGAAUAUAAUAGUGAGAUUCUAUGUUUAGCAGGGACAUUAUGUAGAAUUUUGUAUGAAAAUGAAAUGAUUAAAAUAAACAGAAGGAUCGUUAAUACUCAAAGUCUUAAAUGGCUGGAAGAAUGUGCAGCACGUGCUUUGACUCACUUCACCUUUAAUACAACUACACCAAAUGAGCAAGUUGGCGAAAUAACAGAGUCCCAAUUUUUCAAUUGUUCAGAAGAAAAAUUGACAAUUCUUUCAACAACCGGCAUCCUCCAGAUAUCUGACGUACGCAUUCCUAACCUAGAGAUGUUAGGGUUCAUAAAAACCGUCCCACUUGUUCCAACGAUUAUAUUUGAACAAUGUAAAACAUUUUUUAAGAAAGCACAAUCGAUGAAACUUAUAAGAGAAUUGAAUUUUCUUGAUGUUUUAAUUGAAUUGGAAAAUCGAGAAUUUUCCGAAAAUGAAAUGUUUGAACUUUUGAAAUGGUUGAUUUCCUAUUUAUCAAAAGGGAAUAUUAUUGAUACAUCAAAUUUUGAGCGGUUCAUGGAAGUUGCACGUAUUGGUAAUGAUUUUCGACCUUUGAAAACAAUCCGUUGUUUUUUGAAUCCAGAAAUAAUUCCGUCCAGCGUAGAUGUACCGGAUUAUGUAUUGUCAUAUACUAUUUCUAAGAAUUUAAAAAGCCAAGAUCUUAUAAAAUGGUUUAAAUGGUCAGAGUUAUCUUUAGUUGGUUGGGCGAGGUUUAUUAGCAACAAACCUAAUUUGGAAACGGACCCUACAUUCGUUGAAAAGGUUUAUGAGAUUUUAGCGGGAAAUUUUAACAAAUUUUCAAUAGAUGACAAAAGAUUACUUCGCCAGUUGUUUGAACAAAAGAAAUGUAUUCCAACUAAAUUUGGAAUGAAAAUUCCCAAUGAGGCUUACUUUGAAGGUGUAAAUCUAUUUCCUGACUUGCCAACGAUCAAUUUUCAAAAAUCUUCAAAUGUUAAGGAUUUAAUGGAGCUUUUCGGCGUUCGAAAGAUUGUUGAAAUAAACCUCAUUAUUGAUCGUCUUACUAAUCAUGAUGAUUGUGAUUAUAUGCAACUUAUAAAAUAUCUUGCUUCAAAGUCAAAUGAUCUUAAACAAAAUGAAAAAAAUAUGUUAAAGAGCAGGAGCAUCUGGCCAAAGUAUAAUCAAGGUUCACAACAAAUUCAACAUUUCGUUAUUAGUGAUCUACAUAUACCUUUAGAACUUUAUCGCGAUCUUGGUUUACCGGUAAUUGAUUGGAAAGUAAGAUGGGUUCGUAACACACCAGAAGAAAGGUUUUUGAUUGAGUUGGGUAUACAACAAUGUCCUACAAUUACAAAAAUUCUGGAGCUGGCAGCGCCUACAACUUAUUCUGAUAUUCGUUACAAAGCUCUCAGAUAUUUUAUUAAUAAUUUUGAUAGAAAAUAUUAUAGAAAUUAUUAUGCAGCUGAAAUAAACGUUGCAUUUUUGCCUUGUUUGCAUGAUAAUUACGCAAAACCUUUAGAAUGUUUUAUUAAUCCUGAAUGCACGGUAAUGAGUUUCAAAGUUAUAAAUAGAGGCUUGCAGCAUCAAGUGGGAAAAUUAGGUGUUCGUCAAAAUCCUAAUCGGGAAGAGCUUUUAAGCAAGUUAUUGCAGAAUCUGCCACGAGAUGAGAUUAAUGCGGAAAAAAUUUUUGGAUAUUUGUCGUCUCGACAAGCAGAUUUUAAUCAUUCUGAUUGGAAUAAACUUGCUAAUUUUGACUUUAUUCCGAUUCGAAAUCAAUCUAAUGGAAUUUUCCUUACCAGACCAUGUAAAUGUUUUUUUAAAUUUCAAGAUGAAUUGAAAGAUCACUUUUUACAAAUUGAUUUUGGAAAAAAGGCCAAUAGAUUUCUGCAAAGUUGUGGUGUUAAGGAUGAACCAUCUUCAAUAGAAUAUGCUGAAUUAUUGGUAAAAUCAUCACAUGAAUUGUGGCAAUUAAUUGGUGUAGAAAAAUAUCUAAAUAUUUUGAGGAAAAUCGCUAAUGGCUUUAGUAAUUUUGGAAAUAUGGCCAGUAAAAUAGGUUUAGUUUCACAAAUGAAGAAAGCGCCAAUUUUAGUUUCUAUAACGAAAAAAAAUAGAGAAAUCAAUUCUGAAAUGAGAGAAGCCAAUAAUUAUCGUUUAGGUACGGCCAAAGAAAUUUAUAUAAAUGAUGAUAAAAUAUAUCAAGGAAUCUUUAAUCCAUUGACAGCUCCAGAAGAGGAUAACUUAGAAAUUUUAUAUAAGAAAUUAGGAUGUAAAUCAUUACGUGAUUCUGUAAUAGAAGCUUCAACUCCAAAAGGCAGUAUCCGAGUAACUGAUAAAUCUAAAAAAUUUCAAGAGAUAAUUAUAGAAAGAGCAAGUUUAUAUUAUUUUAAAUAUCCUUUAAAUGAUAUUAAAAAUGAUGAUGAGUGGCUUAAAAAAUUAAAAGUUAGAGAGAUUGAUUAUAUAGAAACAAGCUAUACAUUAGAAAAUACUAGAAAGACUAAGAAAAAUAAUACUAGCAUCCUUCGAGAAGAUAACAAAAUGGAUUCUUGGGCUCUUUAUAUCACAUCUAAUUCGACUACGCUUGAUAUUUCGAAACAUAUAGCCAGGAAUAUUUACAAAUCACAUGGGUGGAAGCAUAUAUUUGCUGUUAACACACUUUUAAUUUCGUCUUUAUUAGAUUUAAAAGAAAUGGGAUAUCCGGUUGAUGUUUUAUUACAACAAGUUAAUGGUAAACGUUAA